CAGAAAUAAGUAAGAUAAAAUCCUUUCUCAAAGACAAUCAGUCUCCCAGAGCUAAUAUCCAGCAUCCGACUUCAUAAGCCUCUUACAAUGUCUAAAACACUCAAGAUCGCUGUUAUCCCCGGCGAUGGCAUCGGCAAAGAAGUCAUGCCGUAUGGCGUCCGUUGCCUCAAAGCCGCAGCCAAGAAGUUCAACAUCUCACUCGAAUUCCAAGAGUUCGACUUUGCAAGCUGCGAUUACUAUGAAAAGCACGGCAAGAUGAUGCCUGAUGACUGGAAGGAUACUCUCCAGAACUUUGACGCCAUCUACUUUGGCGCAGUUGGCAUGCCCGACCAAGUUCCCGAUAACGUCAGUCUCUGGGGCAGUCUUCUCAAAUUCCGCCGCGAAUUCGACCAGUACAUCAAUCUACGACCUUGCCGGCUCAUGCCUGGCAUUCCAUCUCCCCUCGCAGGUCGCAAACCCGGCGACAUCGACUUUUGGAUCGUGAGGGAGAACACGGAGGGAGAGUACUCCAGCGUCGGAGGAAUUAUGUUUGAAGGAACAGAGCGAGAGACUGUGAUCCAAGAUACAGUCAUGACGCGUGUUGGAGUCAAUCGCGUUCUUCGCUAUGCUUUUGAUCUUGCGCAGAGUCGACCUAGGAAGAAGUUGACAAGUGCAACGAAGAGUAAUGGUAUCAGCAUCACUAUGCCUUGGUGGGAUAGUCGCGUAGCUGAGAUGAGUAAGAACUACUCUGAUGUUGCGGUUGAGAAGUAUCACAUCGAUAUCUUGACAGCACACUUUGUCCAACGGCCUCAGAUCUUUGACGUCGUUGUUGGAUCAAACCUCUUUGGCGAUAUCCUGUCUGAUCUGGGCCCUGCGUGCACGGGAACGAUUGGCAUUGCACCAUCAGCAAACAUCAACCCGACGGGCGAUUUUCCCAGCUUAUUCGAGCCUGUUCAUGGAAGUGCACCGGAUAUCUACGGCAAGGGGAUUGCGAAUCCUGUCGGAAUGAUUUGGGCGGGUCAGAUGAUGCUAUCGCAUUUUGGGUAUGCAGAUGCCGCUGCGGGAAUGAUGGAGGCUAUUGAAACUGUGCUGGCGAGUUCGGGAGCGGAAGUCAAGACUGCGGAUAUUGGUGGUAACGGAAAUACGCAGACAUUGGGAGAGGCUAUUGAGAAGGAGAUUCUAUCAGGCCAAUAAGACACGCCAACAUAUUAUCUAUAAAUAGAUAAGAUAAGAAGUUCCGCUGUAUUCUUGGGGCACUGCCUCUCAUUCUAUCCUCA